AUGUGGGGAAUUUAUCAAUUCAUCCAUAUCUACAAGGAUUUUUCAUUUGGUUUAAUAGAGCAAAGUACAGCUUCUUUCCAUGUCAACCAUGCCAACAAUUUACGCUGUCCGAAAACCGCGUUUUGUUGUUUCUUUCUUUUUUUUUUCUUUCUUUCUUUUUUCUUUUCAUUUUUCUUUAUUCUUUUCAUUCAUUCAUUCUUUUCUUUUAUUUUCUUUAUUCUUUCUUUAUUCUUUUCAUUUAUUCAUUCUUUUUUUUUUUUCUUUCUUUCUUUUUUCUGUCAUUCUUUUUUAUUCUUUCUUUUUUAUUCUUCUUCCUUUUUUUUCAUUCAUUCAUUCAUUCUUUUUUCUUUCUUUUCAUUUUAUUCUUUCUUCAUUCUUGCUUUCAUUCAUUCAUCCAUUCAUUUUUCUUUUCUUUUCUUUCUUUCUUUUCUCAUUCAUUCUUUUCUUAUUCUUUCAUUCAUUCAUUCAUUUUUUUUUUUUCUUUCUUUUCUCUUUCAUUCUUUUGAUCUUUUAUUCUUUCAUUUAUUCAUUCUUUCUUUCUUUCUUUCUUUUUUUUCUUGUCAUUCUUUUUCUUCUUCCUUUUUUUUAUUCAUUCAUUCAUUCAUUCUUUUCUUUCUUUUUCAUUUUAUUCUUUCUUCAUUCUUUCUUUCAUUCAUUCAUCCAUUCAUUUUUUCUUUUCUUUCUUUCUUUCUUUCUUUUCUUUUCUUUUCAUUCUUUUCUUUAUUCUUUCUUUCAUUCUUUUCUUUUUUCUUUUUUCUUUCUUUUUUUUCAUUCAUUCAUUCCUGUUUCUUUCUUUCUAUUUCUUUCUUUCUAUCUUUCUUUCUUUCAUCAUCUAUCUAUUUUUUAAAUUCUUUUUGUUUUAAAUAA